AACUCAAUUCUGUGAAAUGUAAUAACAUAACCAAAAUAUUAGGAAAUUGAAAAUUGAACGAAAAUUUGAAAUAUAUACUAAAAUGAAAAUCAACUUAAUAUUAUUGCAGUCUGAACUUUUUAUUUUUGAUGCUAAUGAUUGGUCGAUUCUCCGAAAGAAAUAUAGGAUAAUUGGUGAUUUUGUAGGAAGUUUGAAUUCAAUACCAGUAUUACCUUUGAAAUUGAUGCCUGAGGAGGUUCAUCUUUUGCUAGAAAAACAAAUUGGUAAAAUUGUCAAAUAUGCUCAGUUGAAAUAUAAUGAGGACUUUGAAUCGAAUUUAUUGAAGGAACAAAAAGUUGUUUACAUGAAUAAUCGAAGGAAACAAUUGAUAGAAAUGCUCAAUGAGAUUGUGGCCUCUAAGAGGAAGAAGGGUGAUAACAGAGAGGAAUCUGAAAUAUUCAAUGAAGAAUUGAGUAAAUCUUGUGAAAUAACAAAUGAUAAAAUGAUAUGGCCCAUAACAUCCACUCCAAUAUGCACAGAUAAUGAAAUUGUGGACUACCUACCUGAAACAAGAAAUUGUCAGAGAUAUUCUGUUUUCAAAGACUUAUGGGAGAAAGGCUAUUAUAUUACCUCAGGUGAAAAAUUUGGUGGUGACUUUUUAGUUUAUAAAGGUGAUCCUAUAACUCAUCAUGCGAUAUUCAUUGUAAGAUGUAUUGAAGAAAAUGUUCCUAUGUUACCUUGUGAAAUAAUAGCAUUUGGAAGACUAGCAACUUCUGUUAAGAAAAGAGCAGUUUUAGCUUCUUUAAUCGAUGAUGGAGUAUCUUAUAUAACGGUCAACUGGAUUGAUGAUUGAAAGAACAAAUUUCACUUGAAAAUUGAGCAAAUCUUGUAAGGAAUAAGAAGAAGAAAUACACGAAAGAUAUUUGGCUUUC